AUGUCUGGCUUCGGAGGCCACAGCACCGCACCGCGCGGUCUCUUCGAGAAUGGUACAUGGCGCUCCACGGGCGACUGCAACCCCCGCAAUCCCGCUGUUCAUUUCCAGGUGAAGAAGGCGGGAGCGAAUACUGGUCGUUGGUUCUAUACAUGCCAGAAGCACAAGGACGACCCUACAAACUGCAGGUUCUUUCUAUGGGACGACGAUGCGAAACCACGAGAGGAGCGCGCCCUGCUGAAUAACUCGCGCACAGAGCCCGGCCGCACCGCUCAAGACACUCCCGCUCAAACCCAGAGGCUCCCUGAGCCUCCCCCUCCGUACACUGCCGAAGUGGGGCCUUCUGAGACACCGAGAAAGCGAACAAGAACGUUCAUAGAGGGGGAUCAUGACGAGAACGAGGACGAGUUCGCAUUCGAUCAAGGGGACGUAGCCCUCACCAACGAACUGGAACAGGUCGCUCGUGAUGUCGAAACUCCUAGGAAGGCGGUGAGAAUUGAUGCCAACACGGUUCCAGGGAGGCGCAAGCUUCCGUGGACUAGGGCCGAGCCAGCGGAUGGAAUGCCGACCCCGCAAUCCGAGCCCCGUGUCUCCAAAGAUCUCUUCCCCACCAGGUUCUCCGCUCCUGGCUCCUCGUUCCUGACGCCAUCAAAAUACGAAGGGCCGGACAAUGGCCAUUCAAGUAGGCGGACGCCGGCGUCGUCCCCUUUCGACACUCCAACUCCAACCCGGCAUAGAGAUGCUGGGCUCGAUAGCUCUGACGAUGAUCUCGUUCGGGACGUCUUUGGCCUACUCCGAGAAGAGGAUGUUGCUUUAGACGAGCAAGCAGAGAAAUCACUGAGCAGUCUGCUCUCAAAGAGCGUCUUACGAACUCAGGGCAUCAUCAAAGGUCGGGAAUACACGAGGCUUACGCUCAAGGCAAAGGAUGCAAAGAUAACCGAGCUCCAACAUCGUGUCACGACCCUGGAAGCCGAAUUGGAAGCUGAGAAAGCCUUGGUUAAGCAUUUACGAUGGCAGGCCGAGACUGGACACCUGUCCGAUUCUUGA